GCCUAUUAUAUUCACAUCCUACGAAUCCUGUGCUGUUCUAUUUUCGCAACUUCCUACGUCUUUGCGCUCCAUUCUCUUGUGAGGGACCCACCGUUGGCGAGAUGGCUACGAGAGCCGCCAAUAAACGACUUGUGCGCGAAUACCAGAACAUCCAAAAAAAUCCGCCACCAUAUAUUAUAGCGCACCCAUCCGAUUCAAAUAUUCUAGAAUGGCACUACAUAAUCACCGGGCCUCCUAAGACUCCAUAUGAAAAUGGCCAAUACUGGGGUACCCUAAUGUUCCCACCGGAAUACCCGUUUGCCCCGCCCGCCAUCCGCAUGCACACCCCCUCCGGCCGUUUCCAGCCCUCCACCCGCCUCUGUCUCAGCAUCAGCGAUUUCCACCCCAAAUCAUUCAACCCAGCCUGGGAAGUCUCCACUAUCCUCAUCGGCCUCCUUUCCUUCAUGACCAGCGAGGAGAUGACAACCGGAUCCGUCAGUGCCUCUGAGUCUGAACGUAAGAUCCUCGCUGCGCGCUCGAGGUGGUGGAACUCGACGGGCGGCGGGUCACAUGCUAAAGCAGUGGCAGGCGUGUCGCCGUCGACGAGGAGCAUUGGGAGUGUGAAAGCUGGCGAUGGGGGUCUGAAGUUCCGUACCGAGUGGGCAGAGCUGGACCAGGAGAAUUGGAAGUGGAUGAGGGAGAAUCGGGUGGAUCCGGCUACGGGUCAAUUUUUGCCGGAUCCUAGUAGCAGCAGUGGCUCUUCCGCGAAUGGCGGGAGUGGAGCAACGUGUUCGCCGGAAGCGAGCGCAUUGCGCAGACGACAUGCGGGCAGUGCGGCGGGGCUUGGGGCGGUGAUGGAAGGCGGUCAGGCUGCACGGGACGUGGGUCAGAGCUGGAUUCGACGACAUAAGAUGUGGGUUGGGUUGGUAGUGGUGCUGGGAUAUGCUUUGCUGAUUAGAUUGUUUGAUGACGGGAGUGGAUGAAUCGAAACGGUUGCGUUUUGCAGUUUUGGACAUGUUAGUGUCUGGUGUCUUCUGUCAUCUGUCACCCACCAUGGAUGGGCGGACACGGAAGAAACACAAGAAAUUCCGGAACCAAUUGUGAAAGACUGAUUCUUCACAGGUGAUCUCAUUCGCAUCGAUAUCGGCCUGUCAUACCUGGCCUAUACUCAUACACGACAUGCCUUAAUGCUCCUGAGAUGUGGAAGCAUCAUUCAUAAUCUUCGCCUGCCUGUAUAGAGGGAACUUGCGAGUCAAUCGACAGGCAAGUAAACGUGCUGUCAUUUACUAGGAAAGAAAGAUUUUUUUUUGUCACAAUACUCUUGUUUUAUAGUUUUUAUUUGGAAUCUGGGAAAGCGGAGGCGGCGCACGGAUUAGGCACAGAUGGCUUUGCUUUUCUUCCCUCU